AUGAAGCACAACGAGGAGCACUUUCCGGAAUAUCUCAUGAACGCGAAGUCGGGAGAGGCUAGGAUAUCUGCUGGGGCUCUCCUACCACACGAGAUAAUCCAAUCACUGGACGACCCUAAUGGUAGAGAAGUUGCCGAGCUCCAGUGGAAAAGGAUGGUGGAGGACCUGCUCAAGGCCAGGAAGCUUGAGAACUGCAUUGCAGUGUGUGACAUCUCGGGCAGCAUGGAGGCAUACUUUAGCAUGGAGGCAGGCCCUAUGGAGGUCUCGGACACGCUAGGGAUCCUUGCAUCGGAGCUGAGCAAAGAACCCUGGAAAGGGAAGGUGAUCACGUUCAGCGAGAUCCCUCAGUUUCACUUGGUCGAGGGAGAUGAUCUGACUGAGAAGUCGUGGUUCGUGAGGGACAUGGACAGGGGGCACAACAUGGACUUCCAGAAGGUUUUUGAUCUGAUACUCGAGGUGGCGAAGAACAGGAAGCUGAGUUCGGAUCAGAUUGUGAAGCGGGUGUUUGUGUUCAGUGACAUAGAGUUUGAUCAGGCGUCUAAGAACCCCUGGGAGACCAACCAUCUGGUGAUCAAGAGAAAGUUCAGGGAGGCUGGGUAUGAGGACGCGGUCCCGCAGAUUGUGUUCUGGAACCUGAGGGCCUCGAGGUUGACCCCCGUGUGCAUGGACCAGGAUGGCAUUGCCCUAGUUAGUGGCUUCUCAAGGCUUGAUCAAGAUAUUCCUUGA